CCGCAAUCUCAUUCAGAGAUAGUCCGCUCCGGGGACAACAACAGCCUACCUCCUCCUGUCCUAUAAUUCGACGCAGCUGUUGGGACAGAAUAGCGGAUCGGCUACCUUCCGAGGACCUGCCGAGCACUGACAAGUAACAAAGAGCUAUCAAAUUGGCCACAUGCGGAUUCCAUAAACGUUACGAUUGGUCACAGAAAAGAUACUCUAAACAUGAAGCUGUUCUGUUAGUUUGAUGUGACUAUUGUGCUCUGAAAACAAUUACAGUUGUUUUUGUUCUCAUGUCAAUUGUCUCUAGAGAAAAAUUGUUUUACAUAACUAAUGUUAGUGGCAUAUCUAAGGUAGGCUAUUUAAAUGAAUCCUGGCAGAAUAGGAUCAAUAUAUGGGUUUAAUAUUCUGCUACUAGAGUGCUAGCAUGAUAUUAUAAUGACAUAAGUGACCAUGAACAGAUCAGUCACACACUGUUGGAGAUGCAAAUAGAAAUGCAAAUAAAUCAUGCUAUCUGCUAGAGGGAGCACUACCUUCUUCCCUCUACUAACAGGGCUGCAAAUUCACUCAAGCUCACAGCCCUGUGGUAGCAGAGUCUUGUCCGGCAUCUGGCAUUGAUAAACUAAUUUAAAAAGCACCUCCAGGACCGUGUUAGAGCUUUAACUUUGGACCCGCCAUGACUUCCUCGGACAACGAUGAGACGGGGAGUGACAUAUCAGAGUCUCUGGAAGUGCAAGACUUCCAGAGCAACUACGGUGACUCGGCCAACUACUACAAGUCCAAGAGUUUGCCCAUCCUCAACGGGGGCUGCCUGCCCGGGGGCGAGCUGCUACCAGAGCCGAGGAUGGUGUGCACGACGCAGACGUCCGUCAACGAUGGCGACCGGAGCUCGGCGCUGAGUGAUCUCCAGCAGAGGACGGACUCCAGCCUGGCCGAGUCACCCACGCGGACGGAUUUCUCGCCCUCGGUGUCCAGCAUGGUAGGCCUGAGCAGCUCGACGCGCGUGGACGCCAACCGGUCGGCGGCGGCCGGGGGCAAGAAGCUCGGCUUCUCCUUCGCCCGCCUGGCACGCUUCUCGGUGCGCAAGUACGUGCAGGUGAUCCUGGCGGACUCGCGCUGCUUCCUCUUCUGCAUGUGCUACCUGACGUUCAUCCAAUCGCUGAUGGUGUCCGGCUACCUCAGCAGCGUCAUCACCACCAUCGAGAAGCGCUACAGCCUGCGCAGCUCCGAGUCGGGCCUGUUGGUCAGCUGCUUUGACAUUGGCAGUCUGCUGGUGGUGGUCUUCAUCAGCUACUUCGGAGGCCGCGGGCAGCGGCCGCGUUGGCUGGCCGUCGGCGGGGUCUUCAUCGCGGUGGGCGCCGCGCUCUUCUCCCUGCCGCACUUCAUCUCCCCGCCGUACCAGAUCCAGGAGGUCAACUCGUCCACGGGCAAUGAGGGCCUGUGCCUCAACGCCAACGGCAGCGGGCGCGACACGCUGGACGUGGCGUCGUGCCCGCGUGACCAGGAGGGAAACGAGCACAACCUCUACGUGGCGCUCUUCAUUUGUGCCCAGAUCCUGGUGGGCAUGGGGUCCACGCCCAUCUACACGCUGGGACCCACCUACCUGGACGACAACGUGAAAAAGGAGAACGCCUCGCUCUACCUGGCCAUCAUGUACGUGAUGGGGGCCCUGGGUCCAGCAGCGGGGUACCUGCUUGGCGGAGUUCUGAUUGGGUUCUACGUGGACCCCAAAACCAUAGUCAACAUUGACCAGAGUGACCCACGCUUCGUGGGCAACUGGUGGAGUGGCUUCCUGCUCUGCUCCAUCGCCAUGCUGCUCGUCAUCUUCCCCAUGUUCACCUUCCCCAAGAAGCUUCCGCCGCGCCACAAGAAGAAGAAGAAAAAGCUCAGCGCUGCCGACGACGUGUCCAGCGACGACGAGGUCAUGAAGGAGAAGUCCAACAGCAAGGGCCAGACCGUCACCUCCUCCAUGGGCUUCGGCAAGGACAUCAAAGACAUGCCCAAGGCGGCAGUGCGGAUCCUGAGCAACAUGACGUUCCUGUUUGUCAGCCUGUCCUACACGGCCGAGAGCGCCAUCGUCACCGCCUUCAUCACCUUCAUCCCCAAGUUCAUCGAGUCGCAGUUCGGCAUCCCCGCAUCCAGUGCCAGCAUCUACACCGGCGUGAUCAUUGUGCCCAGUGCCGGGGUGGGCAUCGUGCUGGGCGGCUACAUCAUUAAGAAGCUGAAGCUGGGCGCGCGGGAGUCGGCCAAGCUGGCCAUGAUCUGCAGCGGCGUGUCCCUCCUCUGCUUCUCCACUCUGUUCAUCGUGGGCUGCGAGAGCAUCAACCUGGGCGGCAUCAACAUCCCCUACACCACAGGGCCCACGCUCACCAUGACACACAGGAACCUGACGGGGAGCUGUAAUGUGAACUGCGGCUGUAAGAUCCACGAGUACGCCCCUGUGUGCGGCUCCGAUGGCAUCACCUACUUCAACCCCUGCCUGGCCGGCUGCAGCACCGUGGGCAAUGACAGCACCGGGAUCCGCAACUACACGGACUGUGCCUGUGUUCAGAGCCGCCAGGUCAUCACUCCGCCCUCGGGUGGCCAGGGUCACCAGCUGCAACUGGUCAUCGUCAAGACCUACUUGAACGAGAACGGCUUCGCCCUGUCAGGAAAGUGUGACCGCACCUGCAACACGCUCAUCCCCUUCCUCAUCUUCCUCUUCAUCGUCACCCUCAUCACGGCCUGCGCACAGCCCUCCGCCAUUAUAGUCACCCUCAGGUCCGUGGAGGAGCAGGAGAGGCCUUUUGCCCUGGGGAUGCAGUUUGUGCUGCUAAGGACUCUGGCGUACAUCCCGACUCCGAUCUACUUUGGCGCGGUGAUCGACACCACGUGCAUGCUGUGGCAGCAGGACUGUGGCGUGCACGGCUCGUGCUGGGAGUACGACGUCACCUCCUUCCGCUUCGUCUACUUCGGCCUGGCGGCCAGUCUCAAGUUCGUGGGCUUCGUCUUCAUCUUCCUCACCUGGUACUCCAUCAAGUACAAGGAGGAGCGGCAGGAGCGCUGGCGCCAGACGCUGCCGCCCGCGCUGGGCACCGUCAGCGACAUGAUCUGCCACGCCGGCGGGCACAAGAGCCAUGCGCGCACCCGCUCAUGCCCCGUGUUCACGCCGCGGCCCGAGAUGGGCGACGCUGGCCACGGCUUGGGUCACCAUCCUCAUCUUCAUCUUCACCCUCAUCAUCAUCAACAACAGCAGCAGCAGCACACCACGUCUGGCCUACUGCUGGGCUUGGGCCUCCACUACGGCCAUCAAAACAGCCACAGUUGCCCCGGUAACGCGCUCAAAGCAAUAACCCCGCCCAACCGCUCGCUGCAGGAAGUUGCUGCGCAAAUAUGAGGGGCAGGCUGCUGCCUUGUCACACCUCAGAACUGUCUCCCUCUCUCUCUCUCUCACACACACACACACACACACACUCUCACACACACGCAGGCAGCCGAUCUCACACGGCCAUUUCUGUUCCCGUCAUCCGUCAUGUGCCUUCGCGUCGCACUCUCCUCUUCCAGACAUGGCCGCCAAAUGCUGAUUGAUUGACAGACACACACAGACAGACAUACACACUCACGCAGACAGACAGACAGAAUCUCCCCUGACCUACGGAGCGGUCUGGGCAGAGCGUUUAGUGCCCCGUGCUGAACUGCUCUUUUUCUGAUUCCUCUCUGUUUCAGUGCAUAUCGUUUGGUGGCCUUAGCCACCAGGAGCAUGUACACCGGGCUAACUUCAGAGAUUCUUGUUUUGUUUUUUUAUUAUUAUUUGCAGUCAAACAUGUAUUUAAGGUGCUAAGUUGAGGGGAAGGGGACAUUGUGCUUGUCUGUGUGAGGUCUUGUACUGUACGUCAUGAUGACUUAUCAAAAAGCUGCAUUUGAAGCACAAAAUUGAAACCUGUACUAUGCAAGCUACCGAAUCCUCCAGUGUUGUGCUACUCAUAGCUGUACUGUCAUAUUUCCACACCAGUGUACGACAAAACAAAAACAACUUUCUCACCUUGAAUGUUCUGGGGGACGGAGGAGAUUUGAUUCGUGCGGAUGAUAAUUUGUGACCUAUGUUGCUCAUCAGUCCUUGUUGAAUGGGUUAAGAGAUUUUGGGGCAUGGAUCCCCCACCAACACCCCCCCCCCCCUUCAUCCACGGUCCCCUCUCGAAAACAGUGCCUCAGAGCUGCACCGGCGCAAAUGUGAGUGCGCCAGGCAGCUGCAGCAGACGUGGACAGCCUUCUCCAAAAACCGUACUCUUCGUCAGAGUCACCUCAAGCAUAAUCACCAUCAUCAAAGUGUGAAGUAAACAUCUGCUCUGAGGAGGAACUGUCUCUCUCACACACACACACACACACUCACAGAAACAGACUUCACACUACAUACAGCUAUGUCAUAUGUAGAGAGUUCUCAGUUUGUUGCAUUGGAAGGAGCCUAAAGGGUGUUCUUAGCCCCAUUCUGAGAGCUUGGAGUGCAGCCCUGUGUUGGUGCAGCACCACCCAAAAGCCCUCUGCCCACCCUACCGCUGCAGGAGAGUCUAUCCACCAAUAUUCAGACACACCUGACUCCGUAGAGGUCUCAUUCAAGGAGGACUAAAAAAAAGAAAAAAAAAUGUUUUUCAAAGAUGUGCCACUGAGACUGAGGAACAGCAAAUAACAGAGGACGAGCUGAAACGCCAUCUGCACGAGUGUCCUCGUGAACAGAACAUCGCUCCCACUUCUCUCUGAAAGCAAACCUGACCAGGGAGAGGCAACACGUGGGAAUGUUAAGUGCAUUAACUUCUAAUUAGAUUGAAGCCAGUUAGAUUGGUUGAAUUUAAAAAGGAAACCGCUAGAUGUUUUCUCCUAAUGUUUAUUUUGUAUGUGGGGUCAGGAACAUGGCCUUUCUAUUAACAAUAUAUUCAGAUUGUCAGGGCAAACUACUGCAAAAGUCAAAACUGAUGCUAUAAUCUGCAAAUGCAUCAGUUGGCUUAGCAAUGUAUUGGGCUUCAAUAAUCUUAAACAUGUCUGUAGGAGUUGCAUAUUAGUGCAUUCCACAUUUAAACUAGUGCAAUAAGCAUGCAUUCAAUAAUGCCCUAAAAUAUGAUUAUAUACAGAAAUAUUUUUAACAGAAAAUGCACAUGUGUAAAUAAUGGCUGUGAUUUGAUGCUACUCUUCUUUCAAGGUGUUCUAGCACCCCCUGCUGACCAAAGGAGAUAUGAACAGGAUGCAUCUGACAAACAUGUUUUUACUCUGACUUAAGACAUCCCUAGGCACGAAAGAUAUCAAUAUCAGUAUUAAUACUGCUGUAUUAGGAUAGUAGAGUACUAUGGUUUAAAGGUGUGGAUUGUAGAAGGUGAUCUUUAAAUGUGAAAAAAAAAUACUUUGCCAUUCUAGGAAAGGAUACUUUGGAGUGAGAUUGUAUGAAACUUCUGAGCCAUUGGUGUCCAGAUCACCCAAAAGAUACAAAAAGCAAAAAAGUUUAAUAUUAUAUGUGACAAUUGUGUUUGGACAAACAGUGUAUCCAGCCACACUGUAGUGUGUUUAACAAGAUUUGUAUUUAAAUUCUGUUUCCUAAUGCCGUAGCAAUGUAAAUAUGUUCAGUGAAGUCUGAAACAUUACUGUAGAACUCACAUCUAGCUAGAUAUCUAUUUAACUGACUUAAAUGAAUUAUAGUCAACAAAAUGCUACACAAAAGUAAAUCUCACAGGAAACUGCAUAUUCAUGUUUCUGUGCCUGAAUUACCUACAGUAUCUAUAAUGCAAGAAGUGUUGAAAACCAUUUUGGGGAGGAAGGGUUGCCUUUUGCAAUGCAGGUGAUAGUUUCUUUUUAAACUGGAACUGCAUCUAGAUCUGUAGGCCUACUUCGGAAUCCAAACUGCUAGACAUCUGCAAGACUUUACCGUUUUGUCCACCUGUCUAAAAUAUUUGUUACAAAAUUUUGGAAACACCGACCACCAUGAACUCCGCAAUCCAUGACAAGAAAGUGAUGUUUUUAAACAAAUGAUGUGGAUGCUGUGGAGGUGCUGUCAUCGUCUUUUGGUGGGGUGGGAGGGGAAGAUGGGACCUGAUGGGGCUCAAUGUGUUUGUUUGAACAACUCGUGACGCAGGGGAAGUUGGACAUUUAACGGACAGCUCCAUAGCUCUUCUGGCACGGCUCUACUCUCUGCAGUACCGUCGGCCUCCUGUAGGUGUCGUGAGAGUAGACACUUGUGGGCUGUUCUGGACUCUGGUCAUGUGGGUUAUUUCAGGUAGACUGUAGAGUACUUUUUCCUCUUUCAUUUCUAUCAAUACUUUAUGUAUUUAUUUAAUUACGAGCAGAUGUAUUCAAAAGUAGAAGCUCUUGCUUUGUGUUCCACAGGAACAUAAGUCAAUACAUCAUUUGUGAACGGUUUGUUUACAAAUACCUUGAAUACUUGAUAUUUGUCAUUAAAAUUAGUAAAAACAAA